AUCCCUCCACCUAUCGAUCCAACGGACGAAAACGCAUCAAGGGAGAGAUCCAACGGCCGAGAGUGCCUGAUCGCUGAGGAGCCUCCGGCAUCCCUCCGGUUCAUAUCUCUUGAUAUAUAGGUGAUCGAGCCGAUGUACCUGCUUCAACUUUAAUAUUAAUAACACCACCAUCCAAAGUUCCAAACCCUAAUGGCAGGACCGCCGCCGGCAUGGGGGGCUGCAGGCGGGAGGGACCUCAUAAGUGGACUCCCCGACGACCUGCUCCACGAAAUCCUCGGCCGCCUCCUAUCCACCACCGCCGCCGCGCGCACCAGCGUCCUCGCCCGUCGCUGGCGCCGCGUCUGGGCGGACCUCCCCGAGCUCGUCCUCGGCGACGACCUGAUCGGUCACGAUUCCUUGUCCCUCGACGCCGUCGACGGCGCGCUUGCCGCCCACCCCGCCGCCCACGUCCACAGCCUCAAGAUCACAGUGCUCUACGACACCCCCGCCCACUGCGUCGCGUCGUGGCUGCGCUUCGCCUCACGGCGCCUCGCGGGCGCGCUCUACCUCCACGUGCGCGCACCUCGUUCACCUUAUCAGUGGGAGCAAUGGCGUGCUCGCAAGACCGCGGUUCUCGAGCUGCCACCGUGCGAGGGAGCGACGAGCAUAAAGUUUCUCCUCCACGGAGUACCGCACCUCCUCCUCCGGCCACAACCACCGCCGCCGGGCGGGGCCAUGUUCCCGGCGCUGACGGACCUGGAGAUCAGCGGGGCCACCAUGGAAAGCAGUGCCCUAGGAGCCCUCGUGUCCACGCAGUGCCCGUGCCUGCGGAAGCUCAGGCUGGCGUUGCUCACGCUGGUCGCAGGAGUCUGGAGCACGUGCCCUCGUUUCGUCUUCGCCGACUACGGGCGACAUCUCCGGCGGCUGGAAGUCAUGCGGUGCUCUGCCAUGGCACCUCUGAUGCGGUGGUUCGACUCGGUCGACGAGCUGCGACUCGCCUACAUUGUACCAGAAGACGGAUGGAACUGGAAGAGAUUCUUGGAUGACGCGACCAAUACUCUUCCCAAGUGCUCAACCUUGUGGGUAUCCUCAACCGGGAAUAACCAUGGCUUUGUACCAAUCGUGCUGCGUCUCCUCAGGAGAGGGAAUGACAUAAAGAAGCUGUGUAUGUCAUACACAUACAUACCCUCUACGAUUUUUGGAUCGCCAAUGCGUCCUUGUCACGCACCAAAGAGUUCCAUGGCGGACAACACCAUCCUUGAUUCACUUGAAGAGAUAGAGAUUGAUUAUAUGAAAGGAUCAGAAGAUGUAUUUGUGGAAUUCCUAAAGCAGCUGAUAUCCAAUAUAUGGAGCAUGCCAAAGCUGAAAAGUGUGGAAAUCAACAUGUUGCACUCCCCUUCUUCCCUGAACGACGUGGUACACGAGAGGAUCAGCGCCAUGUUCCCUCCGAAUAUCAGCGUCAGAUCAAAUGCGUUUCCCAAUGGAAGACCGCACCAGAUUAUUUGAAGCUAUUAUUUCUACAUAACCUGCGUUUUUCAUUUUUCAAUUUUUUGUUGAGAAACUACCUGAUAUAUACGUAUCUGAGAUUGGACCAUGUGUAGAAAAUUGAGAACAUAAAUACUCCCUCCGCCCAGAUUAGUUGUCUUAGAUUUAUCUAGAUACGAAUAUAUAUAUAGACAUUUUUUAGUAGACGGGGUACUAAUUUGAGGCGGAGGUAUUGAACAUAUAAACCACGCUAGAGUACCCGCCAUUCUAGGGGCACUCCUCGCGCGAGACGUUUUUGACCGCAGGAUGAAUUCACCACAGUACAUUUUUGGCUCUGGCAGAUGGUCAACCGUUGGCCUUUUCUCACAUUAGUGUAAGCUUAUAGAGAGGAUGAUGGGUGGGGCUCGUUGGUUGUGGGGUCAUGCGACUGAUGUGAGUUUCCUCCAGUUUUUGGUACGCGAGAGCCCCCCGCAGCCGCAUCCCUCUUCUCGCGCUUCUUCCUCCCCACGACCCCACCUCGCCCCGCGCCGCCAUCUCCGCCUCCUCUCUCACGUCCUCCCUGCCGCCAUGGCCUAGCCCACCCUCGUCAUCGACCUUCCCAAGCCCACUCUCUCUCGAGGGUGCUGCUGGUUGCAAUCUGGACGAAGAAAAAGAGACCCUGGAGAAGUUAGAGCGUCCUGGUGGUGGCUAGAUCGAUGCGGUCGACGACGAGUGCCAGUGAGCGACGGGGAGGCCCCUACCUCUCCGCACCUUCUCCCAGGUUCCCGAUCUGGAGCGGGUGGGACGGACACCGGCGAGGCCAGCCUCCCCUUGACACGAAGCUGGAGCAUACUUGGUACAUGAGCCUUGCCGUGAGUGGUCGUGCACGUGCAACGGUGACCUCGACGAGCAGGGCAAUGUCCAGACACGAGUAAGGCACCAAAGAUGACUGGAAGCACUCAAAAAAGUUUACCACGCUGGAGCUAUGUCAGGUUGUAUGAGGGCAGUUAAUGAAUAUACUUGCGACCCUUUUACUCUCAGGUAAAUCACUAAUUAUUACAUGCUCUUUCGACCCUUUGUGAAGAUAGAACGGAAAUAUCAGCUUCACUCUGCAUUUCUUAUAGAUGUACCUAGGAGAAAUGCAGAAUUAAGAAGAGCUAUUUUCAGAACACCACUAUCUGUAUCUCUCUAUAUAUGCGGAACUCAGAACUCUUUUUGAAGAUGGAUGGAUGAACUCCCUUUCCAUCUCUGCUUUUUGUCAGUACAUGAUUGUGCACCUCCUAUGCCUGCUUAAUUGUGUGUUCAUUUUGUUAAUCAAGAAGCAUAUGAUUUUAUGGCUGGGUACGUUGAAAAUAUAUAAAACCUUUCUUCUUUUGGAUAAUCUGUUUCCCUUUCGCUAAUCUUUGUUACUUGCCUACACAUCUAUGCAUACUAUUCACUACUGCUACCAAUCCCAUGCUUGUUUGUUCAGAUACUUGAAUGGUGGAACAUGGCUUUUGUUCGAUGGCGAUUUUCCAUUCUUUGUAUGUGUUGCAUUCUUUUGUCCAAAAAUAGAGAUGUACUUUCUGCAAGAAGAAAAUGCUAAGUCUUUUACUAGCAAAGAUGUCGAUCUUGCACAUUUAUCUUUCUACGCACAGUCUCACUAUCAUCUUGUGUAGUUUAUUUAUAGCGGUUGAGUACAGAAUUUUAGCCCUCCUAUUUUAGAGUAUGAAUCGGAAUCUAAAUCAGCAAUUGUAAAAAUGAUCAGUAAUUGUGCUUACUUUUCAGACUCUCCUCCUUUUUC